AAUGCGUUAAGCUUAUCAAAAUGGUAUUAAUCCUUUUUUUGAAGGUGCCCAUGUCAUAUUGUGUGAAAUUUAUGCCCUAACGUACAGUACGAGUAUAUGUAGAGUUUCGGUUCCAAAUUCAACCAGGAAUAUAAUACAACUACCUUAAUAAACUAUUGAUUUAAUGGCAAGAAUUCUUUUAAUAUCUUUAUGAAUAAAUGAAUAAAUAUUAUUGUUCCCUUUAAAGAAUGAUACAGAUUAUAAAUAUUAACAAUAUGUACACCAACAAAAUUAAUACUUAAUUACAUAAAAAUUAUAUAAACCUAAAUCAAAUAAUAUCUUUAAAGUUAACCCUUCUUUGCCUAAUGGUGAAAAUUUCCAUCAUAACAUUGAAUGCCCAAAAAUUAUAUAAAAGAACAAGUUCACUGUAAGUUGAUCGUGUCUGAAUACCUUUUUAAUGUCCAUUGCAGAAAAAAAAAAAAACUAAAUAAUUGUCAAAUUUCUUUUUUUAACCAUUUUUCUUUUAAUUUUGAACAUGAAACAAUUAUAUCACCUUCAUUUGUUUCACCAAUAAAAAAAAUUAUGCAAAGAAGGGUUAAGUGUCUUUUUGGAAUUCCAAAGUCGAAUCAGAGCUUCAAAUUUUAAUUCAAAACGAUUUUAAAAUUCAUACUUAGAUUUCAGUGCAGUGCUACCUUUGUGUAAAUCAAAAUAAUUGUCACCAGUGACCGCUAUCUUUACACUCAUAGCUGAUUCAUCAUGAAGAUAAAUAUUGCAACAUAAUUUUAUUAUAUCAAACUGAAAUUAUCUUGUAUGCAUUUGUCUGUCUGUUUGCUGAAACUAUAUUGAAAAGAUAUGCAUCACUUAUGUAGUUACACCACAAUGGGUCUAGUCGAGUUUGAGAAAUGGUCGAACCAAACCGAACUAUUCUCGGACAAAUCUCGCAUGUGCUCGCGUAUCCGUGGACUGACGCCUGGUCAGAGGCGGGUGUGUCGGAGGCACAAGGAUCAUAUGCCAGCAGUCGCCGUGGGUGUUAAGAACGGGAUAACGGAGUGUCAGCACCAGUUCAGAGACAGGAGGUGGAACUGCACAGUCACCACUGAUGACACUGUGUUUGGACCACUGACUUUUAUUGCGUCCAGGGAGACGGCCUUCACACACGCGAUCACAGCCGCUGGAGUAUCGCUGUCAGUGUCCCGAGCGUGCAGGGACGGAAGACUUGCCAGCUGCGGCUGCAGCAGGGCUGCCAGGCCGAGGAAUUUACACAACGAGUGGGUGUGGGGUGGCUGUGGUGACAACUUGGAGUAUGGCUACAAGUUCACGGAAGGAUUCGUCGACAUCCGCGAAAGGGAGAGGAAGGUGAAGCGCGGCAGCCGGGAACAGGGGCGUCAGCUGAUGAAUAGGCACAACAACGAAGCUGGAAGACGGGCUGUAAUAAAGAAGUCGCGGGUCACAUGCAAAUGUCACGGUGUGUCGGGAUCCUGCAGUCUCAUCACAUGCUGGCAACAACUUGCAUCACUACGGGAGAUUGGUGAUUAUCUUAGAGACAAGUAUGAUGGUGCGACGGAGGUGAAAGUAUCUCGUCGUGGAAAACUCCGACUCAGCAAUCCGCACUACAGCCUGCCCACUGCCCAAGACCUAGUUUAUUUAGAGGACUCCCCUAACUACUGCGUCAAGAAUUCCUCGCUGGGCUCCCUGGGGACAACCGGCCGCGUAUGCAACAGGACGUCAGCGGGAAUAGACGGGUGCGCGUUACUGUGCUGCGGCCGAGGAUACAACACUAAGCGGACCACGGUCAGGGAACGAUGCGGCUGCAAGUUCCACUGGUGUUGCCAUGUGCGGUGCAACACGUGUGUGAAAACGACCGAGAUAUACACUUGUAAAUAGUGGCGUCUCUUACUAACUGGAACAUGUUUAUCGUCACAUUAUUUCGCCACUUGUUUAAAGAGGGUAUCUCAAUAUAUUGUUAUGAUUAUUAAUCAAGUUUAAAUAUUUAAAAUUUAAAAUCAAUGAUGUGAUAAUUUAUUUGCAUAGUACUUAGAUAUGUUUUUGGUUGCGAUUAAAAGAAGCAAACAAAUUUUAUCUAUUAGUUCUUUAGUAUCUUUACGCAACGAUGCCGAGAAAAAGGUUUUAUAGGCCUCUAACGUCCAUUUUUUUUUAAAGAUUCACUCAAAUAGAAUUCCUCAUUUUACAGAUCUUCAGGAUUUCAGAACGAUAUUAUGUAAGCAUUAAUACUAGAUAAGUACUCAUGUUAAAGUAAAGAAAGUAAUAAGAACAGUAUAUGUAUGUAUAAUAGUAAAAUUCUAAAGUAGAUUUCUAUGACAACUGUUUUUAAAUCAAAACAUUCCAAACACAGUGAAAAGUGUUACAUGUAAUAUAAACUGAGUAGAUGUACUUAAUUGAUAGUUAUUUAUUAAUUUUCUCAAAUAUAAUCUCUUCUUAAUAAAUAAUUAUAAACCUUUUUAAAAAUAAAAAGGUUUAUAAAG